AAAAAUAGAAAACUACUGAGAAUAUAUCUUGCUGUGCUAUAUCGAUUAUGACAUCGGUAGUAAUUCGAAGCCAAAUAAAUUCCUGCUGUAAUCUGAUUAAGAAAAACAACGGAGUUGAGAUGAUGAUGUUCUAUCAGUGUCAAUAUCUAAUUUGACGAAAGCCCAUUGAGGAAAAUGGACUGACAGUGUCAAAGUUAAAAUCGUUAGGGUUUAUAAGAAAAAUGGAGAGUUUUCUUCGAGUAUAUUUUGAUUACUUCAAUACAUUGCCCAGGAAUAGCUUACAUGAUCGAAGAAAAAGAAAAGGUAUGGUUGAUUAUAUAAGCACAUUGAUAGCAGGAUGCUCAGCAGCAGACACAGAUAUCGAAGAUACCAGCAGGACAGCAAUUAAGACUAUUCUUCAAUACCACGACGAAAUGAAAGAUGAAAAUGGUGGAGUUUGCAAAAUGGGAAAGUACCACAACAUUCUAUAUGUCGCGAUGAAAUUGUGCUACGAUUGGCAAAUGAAAGAUACAGAAACGGUGUCAGCUGUUCUUGAACAAAUCUUCAUUUGCGAAAAAACAUUCGAACGUAUACUAGUAGGCGCCAUUUUCGGUAAUAAAGCACCACAUUUCAUAGCAGGCUGGAAGAGUGAUUUCGACAGCCAAGAAGAGAACUUGAGAGCAGUCGUUUACUUCUUGGAUAAAGCCAAUACCGCUGGUUUGGAACUAAAGUUUCCAAACGAUAACAGCAACACAACUUUCAGGUUCAUAGAUCUGCCUCUAGAAAGCUGUGGAAGGUCAUCCCCAGUAAAAGUGUCUGUUCAACUGGGAUUACCAGACAAACUGCUCAUUUUCCUCCGAUUUGGAGCGAAAGUUUUUUCUAACGAAGAGGAAAUUACAGUGAUAGAAUACAUAUUGGAUCGCCUGCUGGAAUUCAAACAUACCUAUCCUUACAACUUAGUUUCUUGCCUCCAAAUCCUGCUGAGAGUAAUCCCUAGCAUACGAAUUGAAAAGCCCAAGGAAUUGGAUGAUGACGAUUACAAGAGCCUAUGUAGCAGAUUUUCGGAAAGAUAUUCUGACUUGGUGGAAGACGGUCUGAUUCCAGCUUUCAGGUUUGGUCUUGCUCCACCCGAGUUGAAGCAUCUUUGUAGGUGUUCUAUUAGGGGUAGAUUAUGGCAAAAUCAGCAGUUGCCAAACGGUAUAAGGACUUUGCCUGUGCCUGAGAAGUUGUGGAGGUAUCUGGAUAUUUUGGAGGACUAACCAGGGUUUGUUAUUGGUUGUGUAACCUCGGGUUUUGAAUAAUAAAAGCAUUUUAC